AUGUUUACUUUGCCAACAUUAACCUCCGACAUUACUGUUGCUGUCAACAGUUCUGCCACUAAGACUCCAUUCGUUCGCCGUCCAGUCGAACCAGUGGGUAAGUUCUUUUUGCAACAUGCUCAAAGAACCUUGAGAAACCACACCUGGUCUGAAUUCGAAAAAAUCGAAGCUGAAAAGAACGUCCAAACUGUCGACGAAUCCAACGUUGACCCAGACGAAUUGUUGUUCGACACUGAACUAGCUGACGAAGAUCUAUUGACUCAUGACGCCAGAGACUGGAAAACCGCUGAUUUGUACGCUGCUAUGGGUUUGUCUAAGUUGCGUUUCAGAGCCACCCAAAACCAAAUCAUCAAGGCUCAUAGAAAGCAAGUUGUCAAAUACCAUCCAGACAAACAAUCUGCCGCUGGUGGUAGUUUGGACCAAGAUGGUUUCUUCAAAAUUAUUCAAAAGGCUUUUGAAACCUUAACCGAUUCCAACAAAAAAGCUCAAUACGACUCAUGUGAUUUUGUUGCCGAUGUCGCUCCUCCAAAGAAGGGUACUAAUUACGACUUCUACGAAGCUUGGGGACCUGUUUUCGAUGCUGAAGCACGUUUCUCCAAGAAGACUCCUAUUCCAACUUUAGGUGACAAGGACUCUUCCAAGAAGGAUGUUGAACAAUUUUAUGCCUUCUGGCAUAGAUUCGAUUCCUGGAGAACCUUUGAAUUCUUGGACGAAGAUGUUCCAGAUGAUUCUUCCAACAGAGACCACAAACGUUACAUUGAAAGAAAGAACAAAGCUGCCAGAGACAAGAAGAAGACCGCUGACAAUGCUAGAUUAGUCAAGCUUGUCGAAAGGGCUGUCAGUGAAGAUCCUCGUAUCAAGCUGUUCAAAGAAGAAGAAAAGAAGGAAAAGGAAAGAAAGAAAUGGGAAAGAGAUGCCGGUGCCAGAGCCGAAGCCGAAGCUAAGGCUAAGGCCGAAGCCGAAGCCAAGAUCAAGGCUGAAUCUGAAGCCAAAGCUAGCGCUUCUGCUAAGGUUGACAAGAAGAAAGCCAAGGAGGCUGCCAAGGCCGCCAAGAAGAAGAAUAAGAGAGCUGUCCGUAACUCCGCCAAGGAAGCCGACUACUUUGGUGAUGCUGACAAGGCCACUGCCAUUGACGAACAAGUUGGCUUAAUUGUUGACAGUUUGAACGACGAAGAGUUGAUCUCUGUUGCCGACAAGAUCAAGGCCAAUGGUGCCGGUGCAAAGGAAGUCUUGCAAGAAUCCGCCAAGGCCAUCAUUGAAUCCGGCAAACUGCCUUCCAGUUUGUUGUCUUACUUUGCCUAA